AUGGUGGAUGGGUGUUCCUCUCAGACCAGGGGGACCACACUAACACACACACACACACUCCUCUACCACACUCUACCUCAGGGGGACAGCCACACCGCCUCCAACCAUGCACAUGUGAAAUUUCCGCCUGACUACCCCUACUCACCACCUUCCGUCCGAUUCCUGACCAAAGUCUGGCAUCCGAAUGUGUAUGAGAAUGGUGACUUGUGUAUUUCCAUCCUUCAUCCUCCAGUUGAUGAUCCUCAGAGUGGGGAACUUCCUUGUGAGCGCUGGAAUCCUACACAGAAUGUGCGCACGGUGCUGCUAUCUGUAAUUUCUCUGCUGAAUGAACCUAAUACAUAUUCUCCUGCCAACGUGGAUGCUUCCGUUAUGUACCGUCGCUGGAGGGAUUCAAAGGGCAAGGAUAAAGAAUAUGAAAAUAUAAUCAGGAAACAAGUGAUGUCAUCUCGUAGUGAAGCUGAACGUGAUGGUGUGGUAGUACCGCUUACGCAAGAGGAUUAUUGUAUCAAGACCAAGGUUAAGCCUGAUACUGAACCUGUAGAUAUGUAUGAUUUCUAUGAUGAUGAUUAUGAUAUUGAUGAUGAUGAUGAAGAUGAUGAUGAGGAACUCUCAGACAAUGAUAUUGAUGAUGGUGAUGACAGCGGAAAUGGUGAAUCGUGAUAGGCUCGUGUUAGAGCACAUUGGAGGGUGGUCUAGUUGCUGGCCCGAAUGCUUAAACGUCCCUAGAGUAAUAGAAAAAUCAGCCAGACAUAGUACUUGUUCACAAUGCAAUGAACGAUCAUCUAUGAAAUAUGGAUUCUCCAGAACUUGCCAACUCUUAAGCAGUAAUUUAAGAAUUCGGGCAAAUAUUGAAGUGAAGUCCGAGGUAGCGCCACCCAGUUCCCCUUCACACAUCACCCAUUGUUAUCACUAUCACAUUGGCCCCAUGCAUCUUAUGAAUCCUUGCAUCACAUUAGUAUGUGACUCCAAUGCAAGGAUGUAAUUCUGUGACCAUUAAUUUACUACUACAUUGAUCUGUGACCACGUGACUUUGAUGACGUAAAUCCACAAAUACGUUGAUCUGUGACCACGUUCAUAUGUGCAUAUGAUAACUCUCAACCACCCACAUUUCAGGCGAUGUGUGUAUACUGACUAAUCUUCAAGGUCAUCAUCACUUUCUAUGGUAACAAGAAUUCCUGCUGUUGUCAGAGCGAGUGUGUGACAUGUAUGAUGAGUUCAUUUGUGUUAUAGAAAGAUCACACAAUUUCUCUAAUUUUUUUUUUAGACUAUAUUAAUAAUUUAUUAAAGAUGACAAGUGCUGUGAGUUAUUAUAGGAAAAAAAAUGCUCAUUUUGUCUUGUUUAGUGGCAGUACAGUAUGGGGACAGAAUAUGCAGAGCAAAAUUUUAAUCAUUAGAUCUUAUUGUGGAUGCAUAUGACUUAUCAGUAACUUUAAUUGGUCUCAUUGGUGGUGUACCACAUACUUCAAAUAAGCCUAAGCUAUUUUUGUUAACUAGAUUGGUUUAACGGAGUGUAUUACACCUGACAAAAACAUUUAAGCCAAUUAUUACAGAAAAAAAAUUUCGUGUUUAUAAUUUUGUUGGUGGCAAAUAUGGUGAUCAACACUUCCUUUAAGGUUGAUUUGAACUUGAGAUAUCAUUGGCAACUCAGCCUUAAAGACCUUGUGCCUGGAUAACAAGCAAAGUGUAUACUGCAGUGUUGCCGUAGGCAGCUGUGUGUAAGCAACAAACUUCACUAUUUACUGGUAUAAUGUUUACAGUUUUUUUCCAAAUACAAAUUUGCUUGGAGCUUGUUCUGUGAGGCGAUGCUCUCGGGUGAACAAUAUUUUAUCAGCCAUCAUUUAGUCUAAAUUUUGAAUUUGUGAGAAGAUUGAGGACUCAACACAAGAAAUAGUUAACCUUCUUGAGAUAAUUUAGAUUAACAUGAAUAAUGUGAUUAAAAAAGUUGUCCAUAUCUCUCUAAAGUUCUUGUUAACCAAAAUUUUUGACAAUAAUACAGUUGUGUGAAAGCUUUGUACUUUAUUUCUUCUCACAAGUAAUAAUUCCAUCCAAACUGAGGGAUAUUAUUUUCCAUCAUGUACAAUUAGUAAAAAGAAGUUAAAAUAUUAACAUGAAAGAUGUUUAUCUCUUAACCUUGAUUUUCAUUGUCUUCGGAUAUUGCGCUGUUUUCUCUGGUAUGUGUAAAUUUUCUUGUAAAUGCCAGUCUGAGUUUCCCUUACUAAAAUUGAUUUGAAUUCAGAUUUGAUAACUCAAGUUUGAUUCAAUUGUCUGAAAUAGCAAGGUGAAAUUUAACGGCCUCAAGGAUUCAUGUAGUCUGGACACAUGGAGAGAGAGCAGAUGAACGGGGAUGAAUAUAAAGAAGAAGGAUUCAUUGUACAUAACUCAUUGUCAUAUUUAUAAUCACCUUUUCUGUGGACUAUGAUAGGAGUAUGUUACCAUAAUUGAAAAGGUUAGAUUUCCUUUAUGCAGUCUUUAAGUGCCAGAGUUAUCUAUGAUAUUUCUACAGCUCAAGAUAAUAUGGAAGAAAAUUGUGAGAAGUAAAUGCCACCUCUUCUCCAUGUAACACCUCUUCCUAAUAUAGGCUGAUAUUUGCUCAUUUAUGUUUCUUUAUUCUCAGUUGUACUGUUGUAGUAUGGCUUCACUAGAAGUAAAACAAAACAAAAAAAUCAAGAGCCUAUUCUAAGAUAGCAUGAGUACCCAAUUUGAGAUAUGGAUGUUUUUUCUAUUAAUAUUUUGUAGCAGAAGCUGUAUUUAAUGGUAUUUUUGUAUAGUCUUAUGACAGGAGGUAUUCUUAAUGGCACUUGCAAGCGACCUCAUCAUGCAAGAAUAUGUACCAAGCAUUUCAGCAACAUUUCAGGUAUUUUGUUUGUAGAGCAUAUAUUUCAGUUACAAGCAAUGCUGUAUUUGUCAUUGUCAUAAACAGCAUUAAGGAACUAAUAAGAAAGCCAGUUUCGACGUCUUGAGUUGCUGAAUCAUUGUCCCUCAACAAAAUGGUGUAUGGAGCUGGAUACAGACUGCUGCACUUUUGUAUGGUUAAUUGUAAGAAUUGCAGGCUUCGUUUAGUGUAAUAAAGAUAUUGUUACAAG